AGACGGAAGAGCGGAUUAACACCAGGAGCAAAAUCAAGCUCGAGGAAUAACUUUAUUACGGCGGUGGCCUGAUCUGCAAGCCGUGCUUCCACCGGCGAAGUGAGAGAUCGGGAAGGUCCGUUGCUGCCAUUGUCGCCAUGGAUCUCUCCCCAAUCCAAAACGCUCUUUCUUCUGGAUCAUACGCCACCAUCGCUGACACCUGCGACGAGCUCAUGCUUCAGCUUGCUUCUCGGGGAGUCCGCCAUCAAGACGACUGGCCCUACGCCGUACAUCUUCUUGGAUAUAUCUUUGUCAAUGAUCUUAAUAGCGCGAGGUUUUUGUGGAAGUCUAUGCCCAUGGAGAAUAAGGAGAGCUCGCCGGAGGUUGUUGCUGUAUGGAAGAUUGGAAAAAACAUCUGGAAUCGGGAUUAUUCUAGAGUUUAUGAAGCUAUUCGUGAGUUCGAAUGGAGCGCUGAAAUUGCUGACAUGGUCGCUGCUUUCUCAGAGAAGUAUACCGAGAAGAUGUUUCAGAUGUUAAACUCUGCAUAUUCUACCAUCAGUGUUGAAGAAGUGGCUAAAUUUCUGGGAAUGAGCGAGGACAAAGCGACAAAUUAUUCUUUGCAGCAUGGCUGGAAAUUGGAUACAUCUUGUAAGAUGCUGACUGUGCAGAAGCCCAUCACUGUCACCUCGCAGAGGUUGCUUGGUUCAAGCAAAUUACAGAGGUUGACAGAAUACGUUUUCCAUCUGGAGCACUAAAAUCCUCUUUUCUUUUACAUUUUGAGGGAUAAGAUCUACCGUUGCUUUUUAGGUAGCCUAGGCAAUUUUCAGGAUUUUAAUGUACAGAAUAGCUCAAUGAUCUCCGCUUGUACCCCCAGCGAUCCUCUGUAGAUUGACUAAAAGAUUUUUUUUUUUCCUUUUCUUUUACCUGAUUCACUGUCUUCUUUUGUCUGCCGUGAACCUCUGUUUCGUUUAUAGCUUCUUUUUAUCUGUUUA